AUGGCCAAAAGAGUUCGAGAGCUGGAGGAGGAGGAGACGAGUUCAGCUGUAGAGCAAGAGGCUAGGGGGGUACAAACAAAAGUCAAAAAAACAGACCAAGCCAUCACUGCUGCAGAGCAAGAGAUCAAGGGAGUAGUGGAAAAGAUCAAUGGAGUAGAGGACGAGAUCAAGGGAGUAGUGGACGAGAUCAAGGGAGUAGAGGACGAGAUCAAGGGAGUAGUGGACGAGAUCAAGGGAGUAGUGGAAAAGAUCAAUGGAGUCGAGGACGAGAUCAAGGGAGUAGUGGAAAAGAUCAAUGGAGUCGAGGACGAGAUCAAGGGAGUAGUGAAAAAGAUCAAUGGAGUAGACCAAACCAUGGCUGAUGUAGAGCAAGAGAUCAGCCAGGCAGAAGACCCCAAUAUGAAGCCUAGACAUCUUCGAGUUAGAGAGAGACAGCUUCGAGAUAAAGAGGCACAGCUUCGAGAUAAAGAGGCAAAGCUUCGAGAUAAAGAGGCAAAGCUUCGAGAGGAAAUGAAGGAAAAGAAGCAG